CCAGCGUGGUCCACAAGUGUUGUGUUUGCAUUAGUUUUUGCACAAAACUGCUGCGUCGACCAUCUAGGAUGAGGUCGUUUGCGCUAUUGACUAUACUUGGCUGCCUCUGUGCCACCCUAGUUCUAGCGGAUGAACCUGUAGCAGCGCGCGAGAAGCGCAGUCCGGCGCCGUUCUUCUUCAACAAGGGCCACGAUGACCACCACCAUCAUGAGCCGAAGUGUGUCUGGGAGAAGAAACUGGCCUGGAAGGAGGACUGGAAGAAGGUAUGGGAGGUGAAGAAGAUCGAGGUGUGGAAGUCUGAGUGGAAGAAAAACCAGAUCCCGGUGUGGAAAACCAUCGAAGUGCCGAUCUGGCGGGAGGUGAAAGUGCCCGAUUGGAAGAUCAUCAAGAAGCCCUACUGGAAGGAAACGGAAAUCCCAGCGUGGAAAGAAGUACAGGUGCCCGACUGGAAGAAGGUGACCAAACCGGUGUGGAAGGAGAUUCAGGUUCCAGUGUGGAAAGAAGUUCAGGUCCCCGAAUGGAAACAAAUCUGGGUACCAGACACCGUGAAGGUAGGAAUCCCCGGUGAGAAAUUCCUGGGCAAAGACGAACACGGCUGGGAGUACACUAGCCACGACCUGUGGAAGAAAAAGAUGGUCUGGAAGCCUAUCUGGAAGAAGGUUUGGAAGACCGUCAAGAAAGAGGAAUGGAAGACCGAGAAGAAGCUGGAAUGGAAGGACGAAUGGGUUCAGGUAUGGCGCAAAGAUAAACAACAGAUCUGGGUGAAGAAGAAGGAGGAAGCGUGGAGGGAGGAGAAGAUCGAAAUCUGGCGCAUCGAGAAAAAGCAGGAGUGGGCUACCGAGAAGAAACUGGAAUGGAAGGAAGAGUUGAAGGAAAUCAAGGUCCCAGCCUGGAAAGAAAUUCAGGUACCCGCUUGGAAGAAGGUGUGGAAACCUGUAUGGGAGAAGAUUUGCGUCCCAGUCAGCCACGGAUGGCAUUAGGCUACCAGUGUACCAUAGCGAACUAGGUUUUUUAAAUUUAAUUAGUCUUUUAUCUGUAAUCUGUUAAGCUCCUCCACUUAAUAGGUUUUCUCAACCUACUGCCUCAACGUUUACGUUACGUAACACACAUUAUGACACACGAACUAAACACAUCUCUUUCUUUAGCUAUCAGCGUAAAUUUCUUAUAUUGCGUCCAAAGAAACAGAGUGGGAGCAAGACUCUGGACGCAAGAGAGUCGGAAUACAUUGAAAUAUUUGUGUUUUAUUUUGCUCAAAGUUACUCCACGACGCCAUAAAUGCGCACCGUGAACCGAGCCUCAUCUCACCAGCGAAUGUUACUCAUCUUUUUCACGAUGCGUUGGAUAAUGUUUCCACACUUCCCGCGGUUUUCAUGUACAUACUUUCAUGCAAUUAGUCUAUUAUUUCACACCACUUUCCAACACAAAGUACUACUUCCAACACCAGCAAAAAUCUUCCCAUCCCCCACGUGAAAACCGCCGCAUUCGGAAGAAAAUGAAAUAACAAUUUCCUACAUUUGUUUUCGACGAAAGAAACUAAUUAUUUCUUCGCGUCGAUUUCCCAUUUUGAUCGGUGAUUCUGAUAUCCGGAACGGAUCAACAUUAAAGACAGUUGGAAAGCAUUGUUCGGAGUUAAGCAAACUAAGCUUUCCAAAAAGUAAGUACACCAGCAUAAAACCAUCCAACUCAUUAACGAAGCAAUAUUGUUCUUCAACUUGCGAACCCGUUCAACGAAAAAAAAUUAAAAUAACCAACUAGGGCCAAACAGAGACACUAACGCAGAGAUAAACCUAAAUCCCCAACAGAAAAAAAAACUUCCAAAGUUCCCAUAGCUCAUUUUUCUCUGACGAUAAAAUUAUUCCACAAUGGCCACGGAAAAAUUCCGACUGACUUUUCUCCUCACCUCGUUAAACUGAGACUGAUACAACUUUAAACGGAGCACAUAAAAUCAAGCCCGGAAGCCCGGAAUCAAGCGAAUGUGUUGGGUUGUGUUCCGCUCGCUAAGGAAGGUUGAACGCAAAAAUGGGAAAUAGGUUGAAACAUCAAACCAUUUCUUAACACGUAUAUGUUGGGUACGAAACGAAUUAGGGAGUAUCGAGAGGCAUGCGGGAAAAACCGGUGCAUAAAACGAAUAUUGGUUACACACACGAAUACACACACACACGCGAAUCGCAUAGUUUUUCACAGCGUUGAGACGGAAAAUAAGGCAGCGAUCAUCGAGUAACUUCACCGUAUGAUUUGUUUUUGUAUAUUUUCAUACAAAUACAUAAUUAUAAAUAGUGUGCGCAACAUCGAACACUAUCCAAUGGUAACUCUUAUGAUUUUUUUGGUCUAAUGUUACUGUCACGUUUUUUGUUUGUUUUGUUUGUUAUGAGAACCUUUUUCACUCCACGAACGUGAGUUGUUUGAAACUGUACAUAUUAAGCGUAACGAGUUAAUUAAUUUUGUAAAUAGUCUUUCUA